AGCUCCUGGCUCGAGCUGACGUGCCCAGGCCACUGCCGCGCCGCCCCGCCGCGGGGGCGGCGAUGGCGGUGCGGCUGCGGGUCAGCGGGCUGGGCGGGCGGAGUGUCACCGUUUCCGCCGACGCUGGCGAGACGACGGUGGGCGACCUGAAGGCCGCCGUGUGGCGGGAGCUCGGCGUUCCCGUGGCCGAGCAGCUCCUGCAGCCGGUCGGCGCGGAGGGCGAACUGUUGGGCGACGGAGAGUUGCUGCGCGACGCCCUGGCGCUGAGCCCCGCGCGCGGCGGCGCGGAGGCCGCGCCCCCGCGCGCGGUGGAGGUGGUUCUGACGAAGCGCCCAGCCGAGCUCCACGAGUGGCUCCAGCCAUCCGCUCGCCCUCGGGCGCAGGAGGCCAGUGCCUGCGCGAGGCGCCCCUGGCCGUGCGCGCCGAUCGCGAGGCCGUGCUGGCAGCCGUGGCGCGGCACGGGCUCGCGCUGCAGCACGCCGCCGACGCGCUGCGCGGCGACCCGCUGGUGGCACUCGCGGCCAUCCGGCAGGCCGGCUUCGCGCUGCUCCACGUCGCCCCAGAGCUCGCCACGGACCUCGACCGCCAUUUCGUGCUCAGGGCGCUGAGGGCCAACGGGCUGGCGCUCGGGGCGGCGGCGCCCGCGCUGCGCGCCGACCGCUCCGCGGUGCUGGCCGCCGUGCAGGAGGACGGGGCCGCGCUGCAGUACGCGGCCGCGGAGCUCCGAGCAGAUCGCCGCUUCGUCCUGGAGGCUGCUGGGUGGAGCGCCUCCGCGAGCACGCGCACGACGAUCUGUGGGAAGACCCGGGGUUUGUGCUGGCAGCCGCGGAGAUAGAUGCCACCCUCGCAUUCGACAGGUCUGCCUCGGAGCCGUGGUUCGACCGGGACUUCGUCCUGGACGCGCUCGCCCGGGCUGCAUGCGCGCUGGAGUACACCCCAGAAGAGGUGCUGGGCCAGCCGGGCUUCCUGCUGGACGCGGUGGAGCGCAACGAGCGCGUCUUGGAGCACCUGGCCGAGAGCCAGCGGGAGCCACUCUGGGGGGCAGGGCUGUCGUUCUGCCAGCUGGAGCUGGCCGACGUCGGGGCAUGGGUCUCCCUGGCGCUCCAGCGCUCGUCCGUCUGCGAGAGCGGCUUCGUGGUCGCGAGGGUGCUCGGCGAGCACGCCCUGGAGCUGGCCGCCGCCGGCGUGCCCGUGCAGGGCCCCGAGGGCUUCUGGCCCACGGGCCGCGCCGCGCUGCCGGAGGCGAUCCGCCGGGACCGCUACUGGAAGUUCGUCCGCGGCCAGUGCUGCUUCCGGGCCACGGCCUUCUUCGGAGCGGUGCUGAGGUGGCUCUGCGACCGCGGCUUCCAGCUCGCGCACCGAGGCCAGCCCGUCUGCAGCCUCCUGGCGCUCACCGUCGACCGGCUGCCGGCCGAAGACCUGCCGUCUCUGCGCGUGGUCAUCCCAGAGGUUGGCAGUUUCGAGGUUCCACCCACGAGUCCAGGCACGGAGGACCACGCGGGGCUCGGUGGGUGCGGCCAUGACCAGGACGUCCCCAGCCUUCCGAGGGCUUUUCCUUACUGCUGGCUGGCAGCGGCUGUGGGCAGCCAGCCUCAGCGGCAGAUGGUCCACGUGGAUCUCUGUGGCCCCUCCGUCGACGUCUUCGAGUACGUCGCCGCCCCGACGCAACACCAUCCCGAUGCUCGCGGGGCUCCCUCCCUGGUGCCGCUGUGCAUCUUUACGACGCCAGAAUACGCGUACGGCAUCUCCCCGGAUGCGGUCAAGUCGAAAUUCUUGCUCUCUUCAGAGGGGGGCUCGCCAGUCGAGGCCUCCACCGCGCUGAGGCACCUGCGGCCGCUGCUGCCCCGUGACUGCGACGAGCAACCCCCGCCCGCCGACGAGCUGCUGUACGCCACGCCGCUGGCCGACUUCUUGUCACAGGUGCGCGCGGACCCAGAAGUGGCGCUCUCCGAACACGACGAGGCGACUGUCGCCGACGCGGGCGCUGCCUUCGUGCGGCGCCUGCCGGCCGGCACUGCCGUCAGCGUGGCUCCGCUGGCCGCCGCGCCAGAGGGAGGCCGCGCCCAUGGCCGCGUCGUGCGCCUGCUCGAGCGGGGUGCCGCAGGCGAGCUCGCGGGCCAGCGCGCGGCGAUCCCGGUGGGCGCGGGAGCCGCUGGCCCGGAGGCGGUGCACGAGGAAGCACUGCGGCUUCUCCCAGCAGCCCCAGCGCCGGCGCUGUCUAUGGGCCAGAUGGCCGGCCAGGUGCGGGGCGCGGACCAGCUCUUCGUCACGGGCGCGCGCGCGCGGCUGGUGGGGCUCCCAGGGGAGGAUGCGUCCCUCAACGGAGCGGUCGCAGAGAUUCUGAAAUACAGCCUGUCCAGCUGUCGCUACAACGUGAGGCUGGAGGACGGUGGAGACAUAAGAGCUUUUUACCCGUGGCACUUGGAGGUCUUCGUGCGCGACGAGGGUGCCGUGCGGGAGGUCUUGGCGCGCAGUGAGCCUGCUGCUCGGACAGUUCGCAGGGCGCUGCGGCUUCGGAACAGCGUGCCCUUCACGCAGAUGGGAGAUCCUGGCGUCGUGGAGGUGGUGCAGGCCCUGUUGGUAGCUGGACUUUGGGCCGGAGAUUCAGCGCAAGAGGCGGCGAUGAGCUCCAUGUGCCACCUGGCGCGGCAUCCCAACGCAGGCCGAGCGAUACAGCUCCUGGAGCAGCAGCAUGCCCUGCUCGACGCUCCCAGCGCUGCCGACCUGGAGAUUGCCCGUUCACGCGCUGCCCAGGAAGCGCGGGCAGACCCAGGGCUGCUGCACGUCCUGGAUCGCCUGGAGCUGCUGGGCGAGAUGCCCACAGGGCGUGCCGCAUUCGGCAGCUCGCGGAGGCCUGCGGCGCGUGCUCGCGGAUGAUCCCUGCCGCUGGGUGCCGCUGGACUCCGCCAGGUGAAGUCUGGCCUCGAUACACGAGCGAGUAGCCUGGGAGACCCGCGGCCGCGCGGAACACGAGGGAACAGAGAUAACAGAUGUCCUGCCAGAAAUUUUAGGCGGUGUGGAACCCCAGCAGUGGGCCGUGGCAACCGCAAUGUGCAGUCUACGUGCGUGCAAGCCGUGCGGUGCGUUCUGCAA